GCUGUGCCUGGCACCAUGGUGGGGCAGAGCCCUGGCGAGGGCAGGGCUGCCGUGCUCCUUCAGCCCUUUGUGCACCAGGUGGGCGGCCACACCAGCAUGCUGACCUACGACGAGCACACCAUCUGCAAGCCCCUGGUGUCACAGGAGCUGAGCUUCUACGAGUCCCUGCCCCUGGCCAUGAGGCAGUUCACGCCUCAGUACAAAGGUGUUGUGUCCGUGCACCUCAAGAAGGACAGCCUGGGCAACCUGACCCUGAUUGCCAGCCCCAGCCUGGGCCAGCCGGACAGCGCCGGCGGUGACCCCGCGGUCACCCUGUGGCACAAAUGCAAGUGGAGCCACACCCAGGUCACCAAGACCUUCAGAGACAGCUGCCCUGGGAAGAUGCUUUUGAGGACAGACCUUCAGUACCACACAGAUUCCCUUUUGGAAGAUGCAAAUGGGAAACAGUCAGAAAGGAAGAGCUACAACCCCUGGGGACUGCACUGUCACCUGCAGCACCUGAACCGCAUGUGCUCCAAGCACAACGAGAACAAACUCCAUCAGUUUCUCCUGCUGGAGAACGUGGUGUCCAAGUGCAGCUAUCCCUGCAUCCUGGACCUGAAGAUGGGCACUCGGCAGCACGGGGAUGACGCCUCGGAGGAGAAGAAAGCUCGGCACAUCAAGAAGUGUGAGCAGAGCACCUCGGCAUCGUUGGGCGUGCGCAUCUGUGGGAUGCAGGUUUACCAGGCAGACACCGGCCAUUUCCUGUGCAAAGACAAAUACUAUGGGAGGAAGCUGUCUCCGGAGGGAUUCCGGCAGACCCUGCGGCAGUUCCUGUGCACUGGGAACCAGCUGCGCACGGAUCUGCUGGAGCCCAUCAUCCUGCGCCUCAAGGCUCUGCUGGCCGUGAUCAGGAAGCAAAGCUCCUACAGGUUCUACUCCAGCUCCCUCCUCAUCAUUUACGACGGGCAGGAGCACAAGGAAAGCGCGGAUCAUCAUCUCCCUUUCCCAAAAAGUCACGGCACGAACCCCUCCAGGGUGGAUGUGAGGAUGAUAGACUUUGCCCACACCACCUUCAAAGGUUCCAAGAGCAACCCCAAUUCCACCCUGCACGACGGGCCGGACCACGGUUACAUUUUUGGCCUGGAGAACCUGAUCAAAAUCCUUCAGAGCCUGUCAGAAGGGAAGUGA